UCGUGUGAGGCGGGAGCAGCUCCUGACAGGGGCCCCACAGCGCCAGCCUCCGGGCCACACCUGCCACACACCGCUUCUUCGGGCUGAAGUGCCUUCUGCGCCCCUUCCCUCUGCCCAGCUCGCCCCAAUGAAGGAACCGGAUGCCAUUAAACUUUUCAUUGGGCAGAUACCCCGCAACCUGGAGGAGAAGGACCUGAAGCCCAUCUUCGAGCAGUUCGGGAAAAUCUAUGAACUUACCGUCAUCAAAGACAAAUUUACUGGGGUGCACAAAGGAUGCGCCUUCUUAACAUACUGUGCCAGGGAGUCAGCACUAAAAGCCCAGAGCGCCCUCCAUGAGCAGAAGACCCUGCCCGGGAUGAAUCGACCAAUUCAGGUGAAACCUGCAGACAGCGAGAGCCGAGGAGAAGAUCGCAAGCUGUUUGUGGGGAUGUUGGGGAAGCAGCAAACAGACGAGGAUGUUCGCCGAAUGUUUGAACCUUUUGGAAAUAUUGAUGAAUGUACGGUUCUCCGGGGUCCAGAUGGAACAAGCAAAGGUUGUGCAUUUGUGAAGUUUCAGACACACACGGAGGCGCAGGCUGCCAUAAACACGCUACACGGGAGUCGGACUCUGCCGGGCGCCUCCUCCAGUCUGGUGGUGAAGUUUGCGGACACGGAGAAGGAGCGGGGGCUCCGCAGGAUGCAGCAGGUGGCCAAUCAGCUCGGCAUGUUCAGUCCAAUCGCCCUCCAGUUUGGAGCUUACAGCGCGUACACCCAGGCAGUAAGUGACCAGCUUAUGCAGCAGCAGGCCGCCCUGGUGGCCGCACACAGCGCUUACCUCAACCCCAUGGCUACAAUGGCCGCUGUACAGAUGCAACAAAUGGCGACAAUCAACCCUAAUGGAAUCAUAGCCACGCCCAUCACGUCCUCGUCAGGUACCAGUACCCCCCCUACACUCACUGCCACUCCAGUAUCUGCCAUCCCUGCCACGCUGGGGGUUAAUGGCUACAGCGCAGUGCCCUCUCAGAGCCAAGUACAGCCAAGCUCGGAGGCCAUAUACACCAACGGCCUGCACCCCUACCCAGGUAAUACUGCUCAGAGUCCGGUCACCCAGCUAGACCCUCUGCAGCAAGCCUACGCCGGCAUGCAGCACUAUACAGCUGCCUACCCCGCGGCCUACGGUCUGGUGAGUCCGGCAUUUACGCAGCCGCCGCCCUUGUUACCGCAGCAGCCUCCACAGCAGCAGCAGCAGAGGGAGGGUCCAGAAGGUUGUAACAUAUUCAUCUACCACCUGCCCCAGGAAUUUACCGACUCGGAGAUCUUACAGAUGUUUCUACCGUUUGGGAACGUCAUCUCCGCCAAAGUGUUUGUAGACAGAGCCACCAACCAGAGCAAGUGUUUUGGCUUUGUAAGUUUUGACAAUCCCGGCAGCGCCCAGGCUGCGAUUCAGGCCAUGAAUGGUUUCCAGAUUGGCAUGAAGAGGCUCAAAGUACAAUUAAAGCGACCAAAAGAUGCCAACCGGCCGUACUGAGGGUUCAGGGGGUGCACCUGGUUUUGGGGAUCAAGGGGGUUCCUAGGUCCAGCCCCACGUCCCUCUUUCCACACCUCACAGAGGACUCCAAACUUUUUCUGCUGCUGGACCAAGAAGGACAAUUUUUUUUUUUUUUCAGGGGAAACCGCUACAAAACGCUGAAUCCGAUAAUCUCCCACCUCUUAACCAGCAAGGACCUCCAAACUCAUCCCCACCCACCCCCCAAGAGGUGGAGAAGUGGAACAUUCCUGGAUCUGCGCACACUCACCGGAGCGGACAGGGUACAAUACACUUGCCACGUCCGGCCUCUCGAGCGGGCACGGGAUUUAUUUUUUACCUCGGGCAAAAAUGGAAAAAAGGAACUUUAAAAAAAAAAAACUAAAAAAAAAACUAAAAAAAAAACUUGAGAGGUAGCGCUGUACGGGGCGGCAGCGGGGCGCAGUAUCGGGGUGAUAAUGUUGUGUUUAGAUUACCACUUUUCUUCUGAUUUCGCUCAUCGUCCCGUCUAAAAUGUUUUUUAAAGAAAGAUGGCGUUUUAUGAGGUAGAGUGGAAUAUUUUAUAGGAGGUCGGCGGGAGGUGGAGGCGCCGCUCGUAUCGUAGUACAUACAGAGAGGAUCUGGGCAGUAGUGGCAAUAUCCCUUAUCCCUGACACACACACCAUGCAUUCGGCUGCUGCAUUCAUCCGAGGACCCUCCUAUAGAAAUCUGCAUGUGCAAUCCAUAGGGGGGCCAAGAAACACAUGGAAUACAGCACAGAGACUAUGUGGGGGUUAGGGCACUACCACCUCCUGCUUUGGGCUCUCCACUUUCUAUGGCGUCUCUCAAAAGCUACCCUAGAUGUGGCCCUGAGAGGAGAAAAUGGUUUCUCAAAGGAAGAGCUGCUUUCUACACUAUGUAGUCCCUCAGGGGCGGAGCUAUCUUCUAUGUGGGCACUUAGGAAAGAGUAACGUAUGUGCUUACUGAGGAGGAGCCACCAUCUACACUAUGUAGUCCCUCAGGGG